AGACGAAUUUUGUUGUAUUUAAAAGUGUGAUUCAUUGGCGACUACGUACCGACUGCCGUUCAGUUCAGUUCGAGGCUCGGAGUCGGAGAUCGUAUCCGGAGGCUGAAUCAGGAAGUAAUGGAAUCGGAAGAGCCGCUAAUCGUUCCGAAGACCGAGUUAAGGAGCGGAGGUUUUGCGGCGAGGAGGGAAGCGUAUGUAGGAGAGCUGCGCAGAGCGACCACGCUAGCUUUGCCGAUUGUGGUGGUUUCUUUGACGCAGUAUCUGUUGCGCGCUGCGUCGAUGAUGAUGCUCGGCCAUCUCGGGGAGCUCGCCUUUGCCGGCGCUUCUAUUUCCACCUCCCUCUGUAAUGUUACUGGAUACAGUCUUCUGCUUGGGAUGGCUAGUGCAUUGGAGACACUUUGUGGACAGGCCUACGGAGCAGAGAACUAUCAUAAAGUCGGGAUUUUCACUUACGGUGCCGUACUUUGGCUCUUUCUAGCUUGUUUACCAAUAUCCCUUUUAUGGGUGUAUACAGAGAAGCUUCUGAUAUUGAUUGGCCAAGACCCUAUGAUCUCCAAGGAAGCCGGCAUAUUCUCGAUUUGGCUCAUUCCCACACUUGUUCCGUAUGCUAUUCUUCAGCCUAUGACUCGAUAUUUGCAGAUUCAGAGUUUGAUAAUGCCUAUGGUGUGGUCCUCAAUACUUUCUUUGGUCAUCCAUUUGCCUCUUUCGUGGGUGUUUAUAUUUACUUUGAAGCUCGGAAGCCCUGGAGCUGCGAUUGUUCUCUGUUUUUCAUAUUGGUUGAAUGUGAUCGUGCUAGGAAUUUACAUAAAAUGGUCGCCAAGCUGUAAGAAAACUCAUGCUUCAUUCUCAAAGGAUAUAUUCCUUACAUUCGGUGAAUUCUUCUGCUUUGCUAUCCCUUCUGCUUUGAUGGUUUGUUUGGAAUGGUGGACAUACGAGAUAGUUGUAUUGCUUGGUGGAUUACUAACUAAUCCGGGGCUAGAGACUUCGGUGCUAUCAGUAUGCCUGACGAUCACCUCGAUGCAUUAUCUUAUACAAUAUUCUUUAGGCGCUGCUGCAAGCACUCGAAUUUCCAAUGAACUUGGAGCGGGGAAGCCGGAGGCAGCCAAACGAGUCCUUACUGUUAUGCUGUUUCUGUCUGUGGUAGAGAUUACCAUGGCGGAUGCUAUUCUUUUCUUCUUUCGUUCUGAUCUGGGAUUUGCAUUUAGUAAUGAAGAAAGCAUGGUUGGUUACGUGAAACGAAUGACUCCUAUUCUUUGCAUCUCGAUCAUUAUGGAUAGCUUGCAAGCAGUACUUUCAGGAGCCGCAAGAGGCACCGGAUGGCAGCACAUCGGCGCCUACAUAAACCUCGGGUCGUAUUAUCUUGCUGGGAUUCCUAUAUCUCUGUUGCUCGGAUUCUAUCUUGGCCUGAAAGGUGAGGGUCUAUGGGGCGGCCUGGUGGUCGGAUCAACCGUGCAAACUGUGUUGCUCGGCGUCGUAGCGCUCCGAACGGAUUGGCAUAAACAGGCAGUGGAAGCAAGAGAGAGGAUGAUGAUUGAGGGAAAAAUUUCGACUUACAAUGAGGAUGAGGUGGUUUGAUUUUGAGAGAGCUAAGAUUGCAGAGGCCAUUUCUUCCUUCCUUCCUUCUUUCCAAUAUUGUCCAAAUUUCUAUAGAAAUAGAAACAUGUUUGGUCUUA